CUCUUCUCUUUAGAAACCUUGUCUAAUAAAAUGCUUGGAGAAGCCUUCCUAAUUGAACUCCUAUACAAAAAACCACUUACAUGUAAGAAAACCUCAAAUGAUGAAAAGGAAACUUGGAAAAAGCAGCUUUUAGAUAUAGAAGACAAGUCACUUUCCCCUGAUAAAAUGGAAAAUCAAAAUAAGGUCAUGAAAGAAAGUUUAACAGAGCAAAGUAAUGAUAAAAAUAAAAUAAAAUCUGUGGAUGAGGUAACUGUAGCAAAAUGCAAAAGUGCAUCCCUUCCAGGAAAUGUGUCUGCUGCGUUACCCAUUCCAAAGAGAGAACAUGAUGAAAAACAACUAGAUUUAUACCGAUCUUGUUCAUGUACAAGUAUCUGCCAGAAUUAUCCGGACCUGCAGAUUGGAGGAGACCACGUGGGUAACAUGUAUGAUUCCGGCUGCUUUGUGGAACACAUACGUGAUGAUGCUUUUAACGGUCCUCUUUUACUUUCAGUAGAUGUACCAUUGGGUCAUUCUCCCAUCAGUGAACCUCUAGAGAAAUUACCUGCCUCAAAGCUUUUGAAUGGGGAUGAAAUUCAAGAAAAAAGUAUGUUGUUUCAUAAGCAGCCCCUCUCUAAUUCUAUGCUUAAUAGUUAUAUGGAGGAAAAAGUGGACGAACUCUACAAACAGUUUUUGGAAGAAAAUCUCACUAGGUGCUGCUCCAUAACCAAUCUUAUGGCUUCUAAUUUGUUAAUGAAUAAUGUAAAUCAGAUUAGUCUUCAAAUCUCUCAAGAGCAGAACACAGAGGCAUCGAAAGCUCGGGAAUUUCUCUUACAUUCUUUAGCAAGAUGUAAUCCCUGUAACAUUUCCCACGAAAAUAGUUCUGAAUUUAGCACUCCUAACUUACAAAUUUCAAACCAGAGAAGUAGGGAACUUGUAUUACAUCUGCAAUAAGAACCAACUGUAGGUUGGUUGGACUAGCUUAUGAGACUGGAGUAACAGCAGUCUUCUCUGGCUUAUUGUAUCACAUAAGACCCCUUUGUGGUGUGGUUAUUACAUUUUUCGAGAAAUUAUUUGACCAAUGGUACAUCUGAAUUCUUGUAGAUGACAAUUUAAAUGAUUGAGUUUUAUGACCAUAUUUUUAAUUGUUUUGACAUCUUUAAUGCUUGCUACAUUCAAGUUUGUAUAUUCCAUAUAUGCUUAUAUAAUUGUCAGCAGCAUCCCAAAUUGAUUACCUCACUCUCGCUCAUCAGAUUUAUUUACCACAAAAGUGAUUAAAUAAAAGUGAGAUGAGGAGAGAAUUAUUGCUCUCAGAUACUGAAAAGACAACUAGAAACUGUAUCAGACAGGGACAUUUCUUUCUCCACAAAACUGUUUAAAGACAUAUGAGUAGUGCUUAAAUAUCUUUCUUUUUAUUUUCAACAUACAGAAUCUGACAAUCAGAAAUUCUUCAAAUAAAAGUUGGAUUUAAAUGAUAUUUGAAAGAAAUGUGGAAGGAGGGCUUAAGGAAAAAUGGAGAAUUUGCCAUUAAGAUUUGCAAUUGAACUUGAUGCUUUUGAACUUUCUUGGGACAAGCAUCAACUAUUAUAUAUCACUCUGUCAUGCAUGGUGGUUUUCAGCGAUGGGAGGAAGGAAAGCAUAUACGUAGAGUGAACAAAGUGCAUAGAGAACCACCAUCUAGAAAUGAAGAGGAUCUCCUGGCAAUAUUUACAUUUCUCAGAUUAUCCUCAAUCAAGAUCCUGGCUUAGGAUAAAAGCAGGGAGUUAUAGCAAUUUUGGAAUUAAAUUAAAUUAAUUAAUUAACAAAACAUACCUAAGAAUAGUAUAGUUUACUGCAGACUUGGAAACAAGACCCUAUACUUUAUAGCUCACACUUCUCUCCCAGGUAUAGUAAAAUGAUUGACAUGUAUUUUGCUUGUAAAAUGAAAUGGUAUGAAUUUAUGUUAUGGAAUUGUUAUGGUUGUAUUAUAUAUUAAUAAGAUUUGUACCUUAGUACUCACAUAUUCUGUUCCAAUUAUCUCUUUGGUCUUUGAUUAAAUUUUAAAGAAUAAAUUACCCAGAUGCCCUUACAAUUUGCUCUUUUUGAUCACACAAUCUUUAGUUUAUUUUCAGUGUCUUCAAAUUUCUAUGAUCUAAUAAUAAGUACCCCUGAUUUGUUUCCUGUUCAUCAGUCCUUUCUCCAACAUCUUCUCCAAUAAGCCUCCCAAUCCAUUUCCACCAUUCUGAUAUUUGAUUCUGAAGAGACAAUGGAUAAGGGUUUUGGAACAACUGACUUAAUGUCUUAUAGAUACAGAAAAAACAGUUGUGUGCAUAUUGUUUUAUAUAUUGCUAAAUUUGUACAUUUUAAUAUGAGUUACCAAAAUGAUAAAAUAUUAAUGUUAAACUUUAUCUUUUCUAAAGUGAAUUAAACGUCAUUG